AUGUCUUUGGUAGACUCUGAAGCAUCGUUUAAAUCACGGUGCAUUGCCGUAGGAGGCAAUGAAGAUCUUUGGAACUCCUUGAAGAGACACAACAUCAAGACCUUCGCGGACUUGUCGUUUGCCUGUGGGACUCCUCAGGCACCGCCCAGUGACGAUGCCUUCCGCUUGUUCUCCGAAGAUAUCUUUGGGGCAGGGCCUACCUUGGGCCAGACAUCGAAGUUGAGGCGCCUGCAUUUCGAAGCAGGCGCAGUCAUUGUGGCACAUUUACGCCAACAAGUCACUGGCGAUUCCGCUGAAGCGCCUAAGCGUUUGCCCAUGGCAGAGAAGGAGGCGCGUUAUCUUGACAUCAAGACUCGCCUACCAGGUCUCGUGUUGGAGGAUGAGCUCCUACCUUCUCACGAGCUCGUGGACGCCGUGGCUCACAUGGUGGAGGCGAAUCAUCUCACCUGGUUCGCCCCAUCGCGCUGCACCAAAAGGGAGCAGGAGCUGCGGAUUGGUGUGAAGCAGAAAGACCGAGUCUUAAGCGUGCUUGACAACGCGGUCACGCUUACCACUUUGCCAGACAAGUUGACGGCAGAUCAUUCUUCGCCGCUUCAUUUGCAGUGGUGCCUUCAGAGGCGAGGAUUGGCGCUAGAUAUGUGCCGCGUGUUGAGCUGGCGCACGCAUGAAAAGUGGCUGGCCUUCUUGCUUCAGGCCCUUACUCGGGAAGUCCCGCCUGGGUAUGCACCCAUGUCGAUAAAUCAGCUGCUGCGUGCGGAUUCUGAGAUGUUCCUCCUCAUAUCCAAACAAGUCACCUCCUUGAAGCCAGAUUCGUCAGGAACCAUGCAGGUCGACCAGGCCAUGUCGCAACUCGGAACAGAUUCUAGGGUCACCAUGCGCCUGCUUCCCUUGCCAAAGUCUGCAGCACAAGCCUCAGCCCCUGCAGAAAAUGACACGCCGCCAGAAGCAAGCUGGAAGCAACGGAGCAACCACCCGCUUGUCGCAGAGGUGUGCGUGCUUGUGCCUAUUGUCGUAAGCCAGGUCACGGCGCCCGAGGUAAAGGCAAGGGAUCCAAAGGCACGGCGUCAGGCGUCGCCCAAGAGUGACGGAAUGAAAAUUUGGGGCGAAAAGAUCUGCGAUUCUUUUUCGGUUAUUUACCUUGACAACGAAGCUGCCAAAGGUGCCCUGCUAAAAGGAUCAUCCUCGACCAUUCAAGGAAAUCUCCUCGUUGACUCCAUACUGGAGAUGGAAGAGGCCUUCCGAACCAGGGCUUGGUUUGCUCGG